AGGUGGGACAGCAAAACUGCGCCUGCGUAUGCUCAGGAGAAACGCUUGAUUCCAUUUUCGUUUGUGAUUAUACUUUUAUGACAGCAGUCUGGAUCUGAUUGGUGGCUGGAGUUAAAGGAAGUAAAACACAUGUUGCGUGACUUUCCAGCGGAAGCCAGAGAAACUGCAGCACGUUUGACAACAAUGUGAGCUUAUUCAACUACAAGGGCAGACACGCUUCCUGGUUUGUCGGACUUUCUACAGAGAAAUACAAUCGGCGUGUAAUUACAAAAAAAACCAAGCUGCAGACUGACAGAAAUGGAUAAUGCACGACCACAGGACACACAGCAGAGCAAGGGCUCCAUGUUGCGACAAAGGGAACACAGUGAUGAGUCUACCGACAAGAGGCCUUCUAAUGGCUCUGCUUCUCCUUCUCUGGAUAAGAAGAAGCUGAUCAGAAGAGUGAGGAGUCCAUCCAGACCGAGGGCAUGGCUAUGUAAUUCUUACAAACCAAACCAACAAUUUGGAAGGAGAUUCCAAAGACGGGAUGACCACUCCUUCUACAAACCUGGCUUUGCAAACCCAAAGUACCACUACUUUAAUCACCGAGGUAACUCCCAACGGAGAGAUAAUUUCCAUCCUAAACUUCACCACGUCUCACCGAGGGACAGGGAACGGGAGGAUAAGGAGCGGUAUGAUCUGAGAGAAAGCCCUGAUGGCGGUUCUCCAUCAAAACAAAGCAAUUCAAGCAGACCUUUCUUACCCAGAUCCACCUCCAGCAGGGACAAGGACAUGCAGUUUGUUUAUCAGAGCGAAAGGAGCCAAAGCCAAGAGAGAGAUCACAAGGGGAGUAAAAGCAAAGAAAGAGAACGCAGCAGAGAGAGGGAGCUCCCUUCGACUGCGAGCCAGGCGGCCACACGAGACAGAGCCAUCCAACAGAAGAGGAGGGAGAUAGAUGAGGUGUAUUAUCAGGAAUGUGAAAUGUUUGGCCUCGUGGCAAAGAUGCUGAUAGCCAAGGAUCAGACCCUGGAGCAGCCCAUCCAGUCCGCGCUGCAGGAGAACCUCAGGGACAUCGGCAAGCGGUGUGUGGAGGGCAUGGAGAAAUUUAUCGAGGAGUACGACUCCAGGGAGCUGUCUCACUAAUAAGAGUCACAGCCUCCCUAGCAUUGAUCCUAGUGCUGACAACACUUUUUUUCAUGUGAUUGAACACUGCCUUUGUGUUGUUGUUUGCUAGCAGAACUUUAAUAUGUUUGUACAUUGUUGUAUGCUGUCUGGACAAAGUCCCCCUUCUGUGCUCAGCAGCACUGGUAAAAAAAAGAAAGAAAGUAAACUGUGAUAAUAAUUUGGAGGUUUGAUGAUUAUAAUGAAAGAAUACACUGGUUGUAUCACUUCAAGUGUGCUUAUGAACAAGUCAAAACAUGUAUUUUGAUAUAUUUAACUUAGCUUUUCAAAAUGUUUAAUUGUAUUCACAGGAUAAUAAACGUGUAGUUUGAAAAUA